GUUUGUCAGACAGAAAAUUCCAUAGACUAUGAAUGGCAACAAAAGACCACUAAGGAAAAGGACAAACAAGCUCCUAUUCAUCCUCAUGUGAUUUCUCAAAAUUUUGCAUUAACCAAUCUUGUCCCAUUGCCAAUACAUUCCAAGCUGUCUUCUUACUAAAUACAUUCUUCUUGAUAAUCUACCCUUCAAUCAUAAUGUCAUUCCUGUCACCAAAGAUAAUACCUUUACUAUUUCAGUGCCACGAAUAGUCAAAAGGGUGUCCAUUAAUGGCUUCCACUUCCACAAAGCCAUUCUUGAUUCCACUCAUGAUUUUCUUGAUUUGCCAAUCUUUUUCUUCUUCUCUAGCUAGCAUGCCAGCUUCAACUAUUUCAGCUGCACCUGCAUUGCUACCAAAUCCACCAAUAUCUUCACCUCCACUAUCUCCAGAUAUAACUCCUCUGUUUCCUUCACCUGGUGGCUCAGAGCUUGCUCCAAGUGAUUCUUCACUGCCUACUAUACCUUCAAGUCUCAGCCCACCAAAUCCAGAUGCUAUGGUUGCUCCUGGACCUUUCAUGCCAUUUCAGCCUUCUGCCUCAUUUCCAAUUCACUCUGCAAUUCCUCUAGCAUCAUUUAUUAGUGCAAUUCUGGUCUUUGGUGUGUAAUGGCUGCUGCAUUGUUAGUACAGAUUGGAUUCUGGUAUAAUUCAUUGUUUUUAUAAAAUUUCACCCCUCUUUUCUCCAUCAUGUACUACAGAUUUUGUUUUUGCUUAUCAGAGUAAACAAUCACCUAGGGAUAAGUUAAUGGAGAUGUUUACCAUUCUUGUAUCAAAUAAGAAGCAAUGACUCCA